AUGUUGUCAUUAGUGGGGUUGGACAUCUUAACCCUCCCCGAUUCAGUAUAUGAUCUCACCUCGCUGCAGGCCCUCUUCUUGGACCACGAUAGUUUCCAACUGCCACGAAGAUUUGGAGAGCUUGCUAGCCUCCAGCUGCUCUAUUUGGAGGGCAGCUACGAUUUCCCGCCCUCGUUUACACAAUUAUCUUCCUUGACAGAGCUUCAUCUCAUUAAGUGUGAUAUCUCCGAACUCCAAGGGGGAUUGGAGAGCUUAGGAAGGCUGAAGGAGCUGGAGCUGACUCGAUGUGACACUUUCAGGGACAUCCCAUUUUCUCUGCCACGUUCGCUUGAGGUCCUGCAAGUGGAGAAUGAUCUCGACACGACUUACCUUACUGACUUGUCGCAGCUGCCAAAUCUGACGGAUCUGACGUUGGACUUGCCUGACUUGGAGCAUGGAGUGGAAAUGAGCAGGGGUUUGACUCAGCUGCGGCACUUGACCCUGCGUUUGCCAGACACGGAUACGGAGCUUCCCUUACCGCUCACAUUCCCACAGCUCCGCUCGCUCACAAUCUGUGCAGCUGGAUUUGAGAAGCUGCCAGAAGACAUUGCAACAACGUUACCGCAGCUACGGAAGCUGAAUGUGGAGUGGACUGAGUCGCUGGACACAAUGCUAGCAAGCAUGAGUGAGUUGCGGAGCCUCACAUCCUUGGAGAUAUCUGCUGAUGGCGCCGAUAUAAGCUCUGUGCCUGUGACCAUCAGCUCCUUGCCUCGACUGCGGAAGCUGUGUGUGUAUGGCAGACGCUUAAACAUGGCAGGGUGUCCACGGCUACCUGUUGAGAUAUUGGAUGACUGA